AUGUCGCCAGGUCGGACCCAGGAGCUUUUGAGCACCCCCCCACCACCCGCUGCGGACGAUGUACACGAGAACACGUGGUACAAUCAAGACUUUGAUGGCUACCGGAUCUCUGAGUCGCCUCUUUUCACCAAGAGACACCUGCGUGUUGUUUGUGUAGGCGCGGGUGCUUCAGGGAUACAGAUCGCCUAUAAAGCAGAGCGCGCUCUGCAAAAUAUCGAUCUCCAAAUCUACGAGAAGAAUGGAGAUAUUGGCGGGACCUGGUUAGAGAAUCGGUAUCCUGGUUGUACUUGUGAUAUUCCCAGUCAUUCGUACCAGUUCACAUGGGAUAGGAACCCGAACUGGUCCAACUACUACUCCUCCUCGGAAGAGAUAUGGAAAUACAUGAAGGAUGUCGCAGUGAGACACGAUUUGGAGAAAUACAUCAAGUUCAACACCACAAUCGACAGCGCACUGUGGGACGAAGACGCUGGUAAAUGGAAGCUUCAUGCAGUCGGACCCGAUGGUGCUGAAAUCAAUGAUGAGUGCGACAUUCUCAUCUCCGCUUCUGGGGUGCUCAACUCGUGGAAGUACCCCGACAUUCCAGGGUUGAAGCAAUAUCAAGGCAAGCUGAUGCACUCUGCCGCUUGGGAUGAGUCCUACGACCUGACGAGCAAGAAGGUUGCCGUCAUCGGCGGCGGUUCGUCGGCCAUCCAGAUCAUUCCCAGUAUUCAACCCAAAGUUGGGAAGCUUGUGGCCUAUUUGCGAUCUCCAAUCUGGAUAACGCCUGGAUAUGCUGCCAAGUAUGCUGGACCAGGUGGCAGCAACUUCGAGUUCAGUGCCGAGCAGCUCCGCAAGUUCAACGAAGAUCCUGAGGAAUAUGACCAGUAUUGCCGGAACGUUGAAGGUGAACUAAAUCGACGAUUCGCCAUGGUGCACCGAAACUCAAAGGAGCAGGCCGCAGCUCGUGAAGCUGCUGCCAAGGCGAUGGUGCAGAAACUUAACAACGAGAGUCUUGCGGCUGCUUUGGUGCCAGACUUUGCGCUGGGAUGCAGACGCCCGACGCCCGGUCCGGGAUACUUGGAAAGUCUGACGCAGGACAAUGUUCAGGUAAUACACAAGAGCGUCGUCGAGCUGACGGAAACGGGUAUCAUUGACGAGGCUGGUACCCACCAAGAGGUGGAUGUGGUUAUCUGCGCCACUGGUUUCAACACCUGUUUCACUCCUCACUUCAAGCUGAUUGGCCGUAAGCAAGCGGAUAUCAAGGAGCAGUUUGGAGACUUUCCGGUUGGUUAUCUCGGGAUUGCGGCCGAAAACUUCCCAAACUUCAUUCUAUUGGCGGGACCAAAUAAUCCAGCAAGUCAAGGCUCAAUUUUGCCAAUCAUGGAAUGGUAUACUCGAUACGCAUUCCAAGUGAUCGAGAAGGUCCAGAGCGAAGGCAUCAAAUCCUUCGAGAUCAAGCCAUCCGCUGUCAAGGACCUCCAUAACCACACCCAUGAGUUGAUGAAACGCAUGGCGUGGUCAUCAAGUCCGUUACUCCACCCGAUAACAAAGCCGCGAGACGUUGCUAACAUCUUGCUCCUAGCAUGCCGCUCGUGGUUUAAGAACGGCAAGACCCACGGACCUGUCACCGCUGUGUGGCCGGGAUCACGCCUCCACUUUUUCGAAAUGCUGAAGAAUGUCCGCUGGGAGGAUUACAACCUCGAAUACCAGACUGGUAAUAGAUUUCAAUUCAUGGGUAACGGGUUCUCCGGGGAAGAACUCAAACCAGAUUGUAACCCAGUAUGGUACUUCGAUGACUGGUUUGUAAAAUUGUGA